AUGUCCCGGCUCCUCACCUUCCUAAAGAUCUCUCCCUCCCCCCUGCCCUCAAUUCUCAAACCCUCAUCUCUCUUCAAAAAGAAACACUCCCGCAAAAUCUCCACCUCAUCUCCCACAUCCACACCCACAUCCUCCCGCAUCCCUCCCUUCCUCAAAGAAUUCACCUACUGGUCCCUCAUCAUCGCCUCCUGGAUCCCCGCAUCCAUCUUCUUCCAAGAUCACAUCGCCGAGCUGCACAUCAUCAAUGGCGCUUCUAUGUAUCCGUUUCUGAAUACAGGGUAUAAUGAGAGUUUGACGCGCGAUGUAUGUUUAGUAGACAAGAGGAGGAAGGGAAGAGAUUUGGAGAGAGGAAUGCUCGUUUCUUUUAGAUCCCCCUACCACCCCGAAACUCUAGCAAUAAAACGCAUCAUCGCGCUCCCAGGUGACCGCGUCUAUACUCACGCCCCCUAUCCCUACCCCUAUGCCGAUAUACCUGCAGGCCACGUCUGGGUCGAGGGCGAUAAUGCCGAUUCGAGGAAAACUUUAGAUAGUAAUCAUUACGGACCGAUUGCGAUAAAUUUGAUUACUGGAAAACUGACGCAUGUGCUUUGGCCUUGGAGGAGUAGGGGAAGAGUUAGGUGGGAGCAGUGGAAGGGGAGGACGAAGGUGGUGAAGGGGUGGAAUGGUGGAGCCUGA